UGCAGCAGCAGUAGUAAGAACUAAGAAGCCUCACUCUCUAGCCAAAGACUCCUGACAGCAGCCGAACUUUGAGAGCCUCUUGCCAAAGAAUCCAGAGGCGGUAACAGCAGCAGCAGCUGCUGCUGAACAGGGGGACAUGAAUGGGACUGUCUCUCCCUUCCCUUGGUGAGAGGCUGCCAGAAGUCUUGCAGUAGGCUGGGGAAGGGAAGAAGAACCAGCCACUACUUGCAAGCAAAAGCUGCUGAAAUCCCUGGUCCCCUUUCCUCCCUUGAGUCUCUGAAAAAUACUUUGUAGAGGAAAGAAAAGGACUUGAUUGUUGCUUGGGAAAAGGAAAGAUCAAAUGCUUUAGUUUUCUCCCCCUCCCCCAGGUUUUUUUUUUGUUUUGUUGUUAACAGACUGGAUCCUUUGUGAUGCUUGGUGUGGAGAACUGAGCACAUUGCCUAGGUACCAGUGAAGAAGAAAGAAAUCAUGAAUUCCCACGGCAGUGUCCAUCUCUGGGCAGUGGGAUUCUAUGCAUCCUUAUUUUUUGUCCUUUUUUCUCUUUGCCAUGCACAAGAUGCUGAUGUAGAAGUGGAGCCUCAAGCCACGGUGGAAGAAAUCCCAGAAGGAGCAUCUACCUUGGCUUUUGUGUUUGAUGUGACUGGCUCAAUGUAUGAUGACUUAGUUCAGGUAAUUGAGGGCGCAUCCAAAAUUCUGGAGACCUCUCUGAAAAGACCCAAGAGACCGCUUUACAACUUUGCACUGGUUCCUUUCCAUGACCCAGAAAUUGGUCCAGUAACAAUUACCACAGAUCCAAAGAAAUUUCAGUAUGAACUCAGGGAGCUCUAUGUUCAGGGAGGUGGUGACUGUCCAGAAAUGAGCAUUGGAGCCAUCAAAAUAGCUCUAGAAAUCUCUCUUCCUGGUUCAUUCAUCUAUGUUUUUACUGAUGCACGAUCAAAGGACUACAAACUGACUCAUGAAGUCUUGCAAUUAAUUCAACAGAAGCAGUCACAGGUUGUAUUUGUCCUAACAGGAGACUGUGAUGAUAGAGCACAUAUUGGUUACAAGGUCUAUGAAGAAAUUGCCUCAACAAGUUCUGGUCAAGUUUUUCACCUGGACAAAAAGCAGGUUAAUGAGGUACUGAAAUGGGUAGAAGAAGCUGUGCAAGCUUCUAAGGUUCACCUCCUGUCCACUGACCACCUGACUUCAGCAGUAAAUGCUUGGCAGAUCCCUUUCGAUCCUAGCUUGAAAGAGGUUACAGUGUCUUUGAGUGGUCUUUCUCCAACAAUUGAAAUCCACGAUCCCUUAGGAAAACUUGUAAAGAAAGGAUCUGGCUUGAAGGAGCUACUGAAUAUUGAAAACUCUGCAAAAGUAGUCAAUAUAAAGGAUCCAGAGCCUGGAAUGUGGACAGUCAAGACAUCAAGCAGUGGGAGACAUUCUGUCCGUAUCACUGGUCUCAGUACUAUUGAUUUCAGGGCUGGUUUCUCCAGAAAGCCAACACUAGACUUCAAAAUGACUUCCAGCAGGCCUGUGCAAGGGAUACCUACUUACAUUCUGCUGAAUACUACAGGGAUCAACCCUCCUGCUAGACUGGACCGUCUAGAAUUGCUCAGUAUCACUGGAGACCUUCUAAAGACUAUUCCUGUGAAAUACUUCCCUGAUAGAAAACCUUAUGGAAUCUGGAAUAUCACUGAGUUUAUUCCACCAAAUGAAGCCUUCUUCCUUAAAAUAACUGGCUAUGACAAAGAUGAUUACCUCUUCCAGAGAAUUUCCAGUGUUUCCUUUUCAAAUAUUAUUCCAGAUGCUCCAAAAGUAACCAUGCCCAAGAAAACCCCAGGAUACUAUCUGCAGCCAGGUCACAUUCCUUGCCAAAUAUUCAGCCUCAUACCUUUUACCACGUAUUUUAGCAGAAAUGGAAUUAAACUGGGUAUGGAGCAAUUUUACAAAGAAUCUGCUGUUGUGAACUGGGAAAUUGCCAAGGUAUCUCUGUCAGAUGAGGGUUACUAUGAAUGUAUUGCCAGCAGCAGUGCUGGAAUUGGGCGAGCACAGACGUUUUUUGAUGUAACCUCCCCUCCACCUAUCUUCAGGUUUCCCAAUAAUGUUACUGUCACUCCGGGUGAUCGAGCCAUAUUGACUGCUUAACGUGAGCACCGUGCGGUAACAUCUCACCUGGAUAGAAACACAGGGACCUGAAACUCAUGGAGCCUCCAGGAUAGAUUCUGAGUAACCUUUCCUUGAAGUCAAAGUGGUAAGCUCUCAGAUGCUGGAGAGUACAAUUGUGUAGCUUCUAAUGAAGGUGCCACAGUGGCAUCUGUAUUCCUUACAGUGCAGGAACCUCCAGAAGCUACUGUGUCACCCAAAGAUCAAUCAUUUACUGAAGGAUCUGAGGUAUCCAUCAGUUGUUCUGCCACUGGGUAUCCAAAACCAACAAUAGUGUGGAUGCACAAUGAUAUGUUCCUCAUGGGCUCUCACAGGUACAGAUUAAUUCCUGAAGGCACCUUAAUUAUAAAAAGUGCAAUCUCCAAAGAUGCAGGAGUCUAUGGCUGUUUAGCUAGCAAUGCUGCUGGAACAGUGAAGGAGACAGCUACCCUCACAUACAUUGAGGUCCCUAAGUUGACAGUAGUCCAAAGUGAACUUCUAAUUGCUCUUGGAGACACAACUGUCAUGGAAUGCAAAAGCACUGGAGUCCCACCUCCACAAGUUAAAUGGUUUAAAGGUGACUUAGAGUUGAGGGCAUCAGAAUUUCUUAUUAUUGACAUCCAUCAAGGUCUCCUGAAGAUUCAAGAAACACAAGAUCUGGAUGCGGGUGACUAUAUGUGUGUUGCAACCAAUAUUGCAGGAAGUGCAUCUGGCAAAAUAACUCUGGAUGUUGGUUCUGCUCCGGUUUUCACACAAGAGCCUAGUGAUGAAUCGGCAGAUAUUAGUUCAAAUGUGACAUUGGCUUGUUAUGUUCAGGGUUACCCAGAACCAAAGGUGAAAUGGCAACGGCUGGAUGGCACCCCGCUUUUUGCAAGACCUUUCCCAGUUAGUUCCAUCAGUCAACUCCGAACAGGCGCCCUUUCAAUUAAUAAUUUAUGGGUUAAUGAUGAAGGAACCUAUAUUUGUGAAGCUGAAAACCAGUUUGGGAAGAUCGUCUCACAGCCGGCUACACUUACUGUGAUGGGACUGGUUGUACCUCUAAUUGGAAUGGGCCCAGCAGCGGCUAAUGUAAUUGAAGGUCAGCAGCUUACAUUGUCAUGUGUGCUGCUGGCAGGGAACCCUAUCCCAGAACGCAAGUGGAUUAAAAAUAGUAUGGUGGUUGUCCAAACUCCAUAUAUUAGUGUUCGUAGUGAUGGAAGCCUUCACCUUGAAAGGGUUCGACUGCAGGAUGCUGGAGACUACACCUGCAUGGCAAGCAAUGUUGCUGGCACAUACAACAAAACAACUGCUGUCAGUGUGUUUGUUCUACCUAUAAUUCAGCAUGGACAGCAGAUAUUCAAUACUAUAGAAGGAAUCCCGGUUACACUACCCUGUAAAGCCAGUGGCGUUCCCAAGCCAUCCAUAGUCUGGUCCAAGAAAGGAGAGGUGAUUCCUCCCAGCAAUCUGAAGUUUUCUUCAGGGUCUGAUGGGAGUUUGCAUAUAGUUUCUCCAGGAGGUGAAGAGUCUGGGGAAUACAUCUGCACUGCAACAAAUCCAGCCGGCUAUGCAACACGGAGAGUGCAACUGACUGUCUAUGUGAAACCAAGAGUGUCCAGACUGGGGAAUCAACAAGGAGGUUCACUGGAAAACCCUUUAGAAAUGUCUGUGAUAGCUGGAGAAGAUGUCACGCUGCCCUGCGAGGUGAAAAGUUUGCCACCCCCUAUAAUAACCUGGGCUAAAGAAAUACAGCUUAUCUCUCCCUUCUCUCCACGGCACACCUUCCUCCCCUCAGGUUCAUUGAAGAUCACUGAGACACGAGUUUCAGACAGCGGCAUGUAUAUCUGUGUGGCCACAAACAUAGCUGGGAAUGCAACCCAGUCUGUGAAACUAAAUGUACAUGUUCCUCCAAAGAUACAACGUGGGCCUCGAGUGAUUAAAGCCAAAGUUGGCCACAGAGUUGAUCUACCUUGCAAUGCUCAAGGGAUCCCACCUCCGGUGAUCACUUGGUUUAAAGAUCAGAAUCCUGUUUUAAUAGACAACAGACAGCAUGCUCUUGCUCCAGAUGGAGUACUGAGCAUCAUCAAAGUCCAGCUUUCAGAUUCUGGAAUCUACAGAUGCAGAGCAAGUAACAUUGCCGGCCAUGAUGAAGCUGAAAUAAUGAUCCAUGUUCAAGAACCUCCUUCUGUUGGUGCACUUGAUCCUCCAUACAACAGUCCCUUUCAGGAAAGAGUGGCAAACCAGAGAAUUGCAUUACCCUGCCCAGUCAAAGGUACCCCAAAGCCUGUUAUAAAAUGGUUGCACAAUAACAGGGAGCUAACUGGGAAUGAACCUGGUAUUUCAAUCUUGGAAGAUGGCGCACUGCUGGUCCUUUCCUCAGUCACGCCCUACAACAAUGGAGAAUAUGUCUGCAUUGCAGUCAAUGAAGCUGGAAGCACAGAAAGAACUUACAGUCUGAAGGUUCAUGUUCCACCUGAAAUCAGAGAUCAGGACAAAGUGACAAAUGCAUCAGUGACCAUUAAUCAGCCCAUAAGUCUCUUCUGUGAAGUAUCUGGCAAUCCUUUCCCCAUCAUUACUUGGUACAAACAUGAUAUUCAGGUUGUGGAGAGCAGCACUCUACAAAUUCUGAACAAUGGAAAGCUUCUCAAGCUUCUUAAAGCUUCCACUGAUGACGCUGGCCAGUAUUCAUGUAAAGCUACCAAUAUAGCUGGGAGCUCAGAGAAAUUCUUCACUGUAGAUGUGCAAGUCCCACCCAGUAUAGAAGAAGCUGAUACACCAAGUGAAGCCUCAGUCAUUCUGAACCAAGAAACCACUUUAGAAUGCCAAGUCAGUGGCUCUCCUUUUCCCACUAUUCAGUGGUUCAAAGAUGGCAAACCCCUCUUCUUAGGAGACCCCAAUAUUGAGAUAUUGGACAAAGGACAGAUCCUGCACAUUAAGAGUACCCGGAGAAUCGACAAAGGGCGCUAUCAGUGCAGUGCCGCCAAUGCUGUUGGUAAACAGCUUAAGGAACACAGACUCAUUGUCCACGUCCCACCAGCAAUUAAAGGAGGAAAUAUUACCACAGAGGUGUCAACUUUGCUAAACAGUAUGAUAAAGCUAGAGUGUGAGACAAGGGGAAUCCCAUCUCCUGCAAUAACGUGGUAUAAAGAUGGGCACAUCAUUAUUUCUAACCCGCAAGCCCUUUAUCUGGAAAGGGGACAAUUUCUCCAGAUUCCUCGAGCUCAAGCCUCUGAUUCUGCUAAGUACACCUGCCAGGCCACCAACGUAGCUGGGACUGCUGAAAAAGUAUUCCAAGUGGAUGUCUAUGUUCCUCCAGUUAUUGAGGGGGACUCUGAAACAAUCCAAAACAAACAAGUGGUUGCUGGCAGUUCGCUGGUGCUGGAGUGUAAUGCAGCUGGCAACCCACCUCCUUUACUGACCUGGCUAAAGGAUGGAGUGCCUGUGAAAGCAAGCGACAACCUCCACAUUGUGUUUGGUGGAAGGAAGCUGGAGAUCCUGAACAUCGGAGAGGCUGACCAUGGGCAGUAUGUAUGUGUGGCCACGAGCAUAGCAGGAGAGAAGGAAAUCAAAUAUGAUGUGGAAAUCCUAGUUCCACCAAAUAUAGAAGGGGGAGAUGAGUCUUCAGAUUACAUUGUGAUUCUCCAUAGUCCACUGGAAUUGGACUGUCCAGCAACAGGGACACCUAUGCCAACAAUCACAUGGUUGAAAAAUGGCCAGCCUAUUGAAGGAGGAAUUGGUUAUAAGAUCUUACUGAAUGGACGCAAGCUUCUCAUUUCACGGGCUGAAGUGUCAGACACCGGUCAUUAUCAGUGUUCUGCAACAAACAAGGCUGGUGAUAACAAAAAGGAAUUUGCUGUUACUGUACAUGUCCCUCCAACAAUAAAAUCAACUGGACCUGCUGAGCGAUCUGUGGUCAUCCACAAACCAGUAACCCUGCAGUGCAUUGCCAAUGGCAUACCCAGCCCAUCUAUCACAUGGUUAAAAGACAAUCAACCUGUAAAUACAGCUAGAGCGAAUGUUAGACUGGAAUCCUCAGGACGCAUCCUGCAGCUUCCCAAGGCCCUAAUGGAAGAUGCUGGCAGAUAUACCUGCGUAGCAACAAAUGCAGCUGGUGAAGCCCAGCAUCAUGUCUGGCUGCAUGUGUAUGAGCCACCCAAUCUGAAGGAUUCAGGGAAGAUAAUAAAUGAGACUGUGAUUGUGAAUAAUCCAAUACAGUUGGAGUGCAAAGCUUCUGGAAAUCCUUUACCAGUUAUCAUGUGGUACAAAGAUAACCGCCCUCUCACUAGUACUGCUGCCAUCACUUUCUUGAACAGAGGACAAGUUGUACAGAUCGAUGGUGCCCAGAUCUCUGACACUGGCCUUUACAAAUGUUUAGUGUCAAAUGCUGCAGGAGUCACUGAGCUGUUCUACAGUCUUCAGGUUCAUGUUUCACCCUCCAUUUCUGGCAACAAUGAAGUGGUUACUGUUGUGGUUAAUAAUCCAGUAAGGUUGGAAUGUGAAGCCCGUGGAAUCCCUGUUCCUAUUCUGACCUGGCUGAAAGACGGCAGUCCCGUUUCUAGUUUUUCAAAUGGACUCCAGAUUCUUUCAGGAGGUCGCAUUCUGGCACUGACAAGUGCACGGAUCAGUGACACAGGAAGAUACACAUGUGUUGCAGUGAAUGCAGCAGGGGAGAAACAAAAAGAUAUUGAUCUCAGAGUUCACGUCCCCCCUAACAUUAUGGGAGAGGAACAAAAUGUGUCCUUGGUUAUGGGAGAAGAUUUAGAGCUCCAGUGCCAGAGCAAUGCCAUUCCCCCACCUACCUUGGAGUGGCUGAAGGAUGGUCGGCCUCUAUUGAAGAAGCUUGGCCACAGCAUUGCUGAAGAUGGAAGCGUAUUGAAGAUCAAAGGCGCACAGGCUCAAGAUACUGGACGCUACACAUGUGAAGCAACAAAUGUGGCUGGAAAAGUGGAAAAGAACUACAAUGUCAAUGUGUGGGUGCCUCCAAGUGUUUACAGUUCAGACAUGCUUACUCAGCUGACUGUAAUUGAAGGAAACCUCAUCAGUAUGAUAUGUGAAUCCAGUGGAAUCCCACCGCCAGCCCUGAGCUGGAGAAAGAAUGGUUCUCCACUUCUGAUUGACCCUACAGGUAGGGUCCGGAUAUUAUCUGGAGGAAGGCAGCUGCAAAUUUCUAUUGCUGAGAAAUCAGACACAGCCUCUUAUGUUUGUAUGGCUUCAAAUGUAGCUGGCAUAGCAAAGAAGGAAUAUAAUUUGCUAGUAUAUGUUCGUCCAACUAUAUUAGACAGUGGGAGCCAACAAUCAGAUGUAACCGUGACUCGUGGGAAUGAUAUUUCCUUAGAAUGCAAGGCGGAAGGUAUUCCAAGGCCAGCUGUCACCUGGAUGAAGGAUGGUCGGCCAUUAGUCAAUGGGAGGGGAGCUGAAAUACUGAAUGAAGGACAUCAUCUUCAACUGAAAAACAUUCAGGUGUCGGACACAGGCCGCUAUGUAUGCGUUGCUAUGAAUGUGGCAGGACUGGCCGACAGGAAAUAUGACUUAAGUGUUCAUGUGCCACCAAGUAUUGUGGGUGACUUGGCAGUGGCCGAAAAUAUUAGCGUUGUGGAGAAAAAUCCUGUCACUCUAAUUUGUGAAGCUUCAGGAAUUCCACAUCCAUCAAUAACAUGGCUGAAGUAUGGGCAGCCUGUCCUGUUAAGUAGCUCUGUAAGAGUCCUGUCAGGUGGUAGAAUGUUGCGUUUGAUGCAGUUGAAUGUGGAAGAUGCAGGUCGUUACACCUGUGUAGUGACUAACAUUGCAGGAGAGGAAAGGAAAAGCUUUGACCUUUCAGUUUUAGUUCCUCCAGGCAUUGUGGGAGAGAACAAACUGGAAGAUGUGAAAGUGAAGGAGAGUCAGAGUAUUAUGCUAACAUGUCAAGUCACAGGAAACCCCAUUCCAAAUAUUACAUGGCUAAAAGAUGGACAACCUUUUGUAGAGGAUGAUAGCCAUGAAUUAAUGUCCAGUGGUCGCUUUCUUCAGAUUACAAAUGCUCAAGUAGCUGACACAGGAAGAUAUACCUGUGUUGCAUCCAAUACAGCUGGAGACAAGAGCAAAAGCUUCAGUGUUAAUGUACUUGUGUCUCCGUCCAUUGUGGGUGCAGAUAAUGAUGGGGGCACAGAAGAGGUCACUGUUAUCUUGAACAACCCAACGUCACUGGUUUGUGAAGCUUACUCAUACCCCCCAGCUACAAUUACAUGGCUGAAAGAUGGCAUUCCAAUAGAAUCAAAUAGAAAUAUCCGCAUUUUGCCAGGUGGCCGAACGCUACAGAUUCUGAAUGCCCAGGAGGAGAACACGGGUAGAUACACUUGCAUAGCUACUAAUGAAGCAGGCGAAACAUUAAAACACUAUGAAGUGAAAGUAUAUAUCCCUCCUACCAUAAGCAAAGGGGAUUUGGCAGGAAUUGGCUUGUCCCCUAAAGAGGUGAAGAUCAGAGUGAACAACAGCCUUACACUUGAAUGUGAAGCUCACGCCAUUCCUGCUGCUGGCAUCAGAUGGUACAAGGAUGGACAGCCUAUCCUAUCAAAUGAACAUGUAACAAUCCAAGCUAGUGGACGCAUCCUGCAAAUCAAAGCAGCACAGAUAUCAGACACUGGCCGUUACAGCUGCAUAGCCUCAAAUAUAGCUGGAGAGGAUGAGUUGGAGUUUGAUGUCAAUAUCCAAGUUCCUCCUAGAUUCCAAAAGCCACCAUUGGGAGAUUGGGAAGAUGGCAACAUGCUGGGUAUAGGACAAGGAGGAGAAGCCAAAUAUGUGAUAAUGAACAACCCAUUUUCAUUAUACUGUGAAACUAAUGCUGUGCCCCCUCCAGUACUUACAUGGUAUAAGGAUGGUUACCCUCUGAGUUCCAGUGAUAAAGUUUUGAUACUGCCAGGUGGACGUGUAUUGCAGAUUCCAAGGGCUCAGAGUGAAGAUGGUGGACGAUACAUGUGUGUGGCUGUGAAUGAAGCUGGAGAGGAUUCCAUUCAGUACGAUGUCCGUGUGCUUUUGCCACCAUCCAUUAAUGGACCUAAUGGCAACAUGCCUGAAGAGGUGACUGUGGUCUUGAGCAAGAUGGCAGUGAUGGAAUGUAUGGCAAAUGGCAACCCUAUCCCAAACAUAACCUGGCAGAAAGAUGGGCAGCUCUUAGCUGAAGAUUCACGACACAGGUUCAUAGCUAGUGGAAGAACGCUGCAGAUCCUCAGUUCUCAAAUAGCUGAUACAGGCAGAUAUGUCUGUCUUGUGGAGAACAUGGCAGGAAGUGCCAAAAAAUAUUUUAAUCUUAAUGUCCAUGUUCCUCCAAAUAUUGUUGGCAUUAAUCCUGGGAACCUGACUGUUGUGGUGAAUAACUUCAUCUCCUUGACUUGUGAGGUUACUGGCUUUCCACCUCCUGACCUCAGUUGGCUCAAGAAUGGAAAACCACUCAGCUUGAAUACAAAUGCUCUUAUCAUACCUGGUGGUCGCACCCUGCAGAUUCCUAGGGCACGUCUGUCUGAUGGUGGAGAAUAUGUUUGCAUAGCUAGAAACACUGCUGGAGAAAGCAGGAGAAGGAGCUUCCUUACUGUUUAUGUUCCCCCGAGUAUUAAAGACCAUAGUGGCACAGCUCUGUCAGUUGUAAAUGUGAGACUGGGAAUGUCAGUUACCUUAGAGUGUGAAUCCAAUGCUGUUCCACCUCCUGUCAUCACCUGGUAUAAAAAUGGGCGCAUGAUCACUGUUUCAUCUAAUGUGGGGAUCAUAGCAGAUGGACAAAUGCUUCAUAUCAAGGCUGCUGAGGUGUCUGAUACAGGUCAAUAUGUAUGUAAGGCAAUAAACAUUGCAGGACGCGAUGACAAGAAUUUCCAUCUUAAUGUUCAUGUACCACCCACCAUUGAAGGCUCUGAGCAAGAGUGGAUCAAUGAAACUAUCAGUAACCCUGUAACCUUUACAUGUGAUGCUACUGGAAUUCCUCCACCAACCAUAACAUGGCUCAAGAAUGGAAAGCCGCUUGAGAACUCUGCCUCGCUUGAAAUGCAUAUUUUGUCAGGAGGCAGCAAGCUGCAAAUUGCAAGGUCCCAAUAUUCAGAUAAUGGAAACUAUUCCUGCAUCGCUUCAAAUGUCGAAGGCAAAGCUCAGAAAUUUUAUGUGCUUUCUGUUCAAGUUCCCCCGGAUAUUGCUGGGUCUGAAAUGCCAAGUGAAGUCAGUGUUCUCCAUGGGGAAGACAUCCAGCUUUCCUGUAAGGCCAAGGGAAUUCCCAAGCCUGUAAUUCAGUGGCUGAAAGAUGGAAAACCAGUUGGUAGUGAUGAAUCCCAGCGGAUAAGCCUGGCUCCAGAUGGCAGCUUAUUGACCAUUUUUAAAGCCCUUGCAAGUGAUGUGGGGAAAUAUACUUGUGUUGCUACCAAUCCUGCAGGGGAAGAAGACAGAAUUUUCAAUGUGAAUGUAUAUGUUCCACCCAUUAUAACUAACAAUAAGGAUGAGCCUGAGGCCCUAACAGCUUUACUGGACACUUCAAUAAACAUUGAAUGCCAAGCUGUGGGUACUCCACCACCACAGAUAAAUUGGUUGAAGAAUGGUCUACCUCUCUCUAUCUCAUCACACGUCAGGUUACUCUCAGCAGGACAUAUUCUCAGAAUUGUAAGAACACAGAUAGCUGAUGUUGGCAUGUACACAUGUGUAGCCUCCAACAGAGCUGGUGUAGACAAUAAGCAUUAUAGCCUUCAUGUCUAUGUACCACCAAGCAUUGACAAUACUGGAGGAACCGAAGAAGUAGUUGUUGUACAAGGGAAUCCAGCCUCUUUGGUGUGUUUGGCUGAUGGAACACCAGCACCUCAUAUGUCAUGGCUUAAAGAUGGCCAGCCUUUAAGACUUGGUUCCCAUGUGACUUUGGAAAACCAACAAAUGGGUCUUCAUAUAGCAAAAUCAGAGGCUGAUGACACGGGUAGAUACACCUGUAUAGCAUCUAAUGAAGCUGGGGAAGUCAACAAACACUUUACUCUUAAAGUACUAGAACCCCCUCGUAUUAAUGGAUCAGGUCAUCCUGAAGAAAUUUCUAUAGUGAUUAACAACCCAUUGGAGCUCUUCUGUAUUUCUGAUGGUAUUCCAGUCCCCAAAAUUACAUGGAUGAAGGAUGGGCGCCCAUUACCCCAGACUGAUGAUAUCCAUAUCCUAAGAGGAGGCGAGGUCCUUCGAAUAUCUAGUGCUCAGGUGGAAGACACAGGAAGAUACACAUGUUUGGCUUCUAGCCCUGCAGGAGAUGAUGACAAAGAAUAUCUAGUGAGAGUACAUGUUCCCCCUAAUAUAGCUGGCACAAGCAAUCCUCACCAUCUCAGCGUGUUGCAGAAUAGACAGGUUAUACUUGAGUGCAAAUCAGAUGCAGUGCCUCCUCCUAUGAUUACAUGGCUGAAAGAUGGAGAGAUUUUGCAGGCAACUCCUCGAGUUCGCAUUUUAUCUAGUGGAAGAUACCUGCAACUCAAUAAUGCUGACCUCAGUGAUAAGGGAAGCUAUACCUGUGUUGCAAGUAAUAUCGCAGGCCAAAUGAAAAGAGAGUUUAUACUGUCUGUACAUGUUGCUCCUACAAUCAAAGGUGGCCCUGAGACUAUGACUGUGAAUAUUAAUAUGUUUGCUGUCUUGGAAUGUGUUGCGGAAGGUACUCCACCUCCAAGAAUUUCAUGGAGGAAAGAUGGAUCUCUUCUUGCUGGAAAUAAUACCAGAUAUUCAGUGUCAAACAAUGGAUCCCUUCAUAUACAUUCAGCACACAUGACAGACACCGGACGCUAUCUUUGUAUGGCAACCAAUGUUGCUGGUACUGAGCGCAAGCGAAUUGAUUUCCAUGUCCAUGUUCCUCCAUCAGUUGCUCCUGGGCCUGUCAACAUUACAGUCACUGUGAAUGUCCAGACCACCCUGCCAUGUGAAACCACAGGAAUUCCUAAACCCACAAUAGUCUGGAAGAGGAACGGACACCUCCUUAAUGUGGAUCAGAAUCAGAACUCAUUCAGGCUUUUGUCUUCGGGAUCACUUGUAAUCAUUUCUCCCACAGUAGAUGAUACUGGGCUCUAUGAAUGCACAGUGUCCAAUGAAGCAGGCGAGGAUCAAAGAACAAUUGCCCUCAUGGUACAAGUACCACCAUCCUUAGCAGAUGAAGCUACAGAUCUUUUGGUAACCAAACUGUCUCCAGUGGUGAUUCCCUGCACUGCAUCAGGUGUUCCUACACCAGCCAUCCACUGGACCAAGAAUGGAAUAAAGCUUCUUCCUCGAGGAAAUGGCUACAGAAUUCUGUCUUCAGGUGCUGUUGAAAUAAUGGCUGCUCGGCUGGACCAUGCAGGAAAAUAUACCUGUACUGCUCAUAACGCUGCUGGCUCUGCCCAUAGACAUGUUGCUCUUCAUGUUCAGGAAGCACCAGCUAUCCAACUCCAGCCUGGCACACUUGAUGUUAUUCUCAACAACCCAGUUCUCCUACCAUGUGAAGCAGUAGGCACACCUCGUCCUGUAAUAACAUGGCAGAAGGAAGGGGUCAGUGUUAUCACCACAGGGAACAGAUACACAGUUCUUCCUAAUGGCAGUCUGCAGAUUGCAAAAGCUGCUGUUGAAGAUGCUGGGACCUACAUAUGUGUUGCUCAGAACCCAGCAGGCACUGCGGUUGGAAAGAUCAAAUUAAAAAUUCAAGUUCCUCCAGUUGUUAGAUCUCAUCCUGAAGAAUAUGUGGUUGUUAUGGAUAAGCCGGUUACUCUGUUGUGUGAAUCAGGAGGUUACCCUGUACCUCAAAUUGCAUGGCAUAAAGAUGGACAGCAGGUCACAGAGUCUAUAAGGCAGCGAAUUCUCAGCACUGGGUCUUUGCAGAUUGCAUUUGCUCAGCCUAGUGACACUGGACGUUAUACAUGCACUGCUACCAAUGUGGCUGGAUCAAGCAGCUCCAGUAUGGAACUCACUGUGCUUGUCCCACCUAAGAUACGCAGCACCAAGGAUCACUACUCAGUUGUUGAAAAUUCACAAGUAGUUCUGUCAUGUGUUGCUGAUGGAAUUCCAACACCAUCUAUGAUCUGGAAGAAAAAUGGCAUUCUUUUAACAAGUACAGUGAGAAUACACAGAUCUGGGACAUAUGGAGAUCUCUUUGUGGACAAUGCUGUGCCAGAAGAUACCGGCAUCUACACCUGCAUUGCCAGCAAUGUUGCUGGUGAAGACAUUUACAGAAUCAACUUAACAGUUCAUGUACUCCCAACCUUUACUGAACUCCCUGGAGAUGUGGCUUUGAAAAAAGGAGAACGACUUCAAUUGAUGUGUCAAGCAACUGGAGUCCCUGUACCCAAAAUCACAUGGACUUUUAAUAAUAAUAUUAUCCCAGCACAAUAUGAUGGUGUGAAUGGAGUUAGUGAACUUGUCAUUGAAAGAGUAUCUAAAGAAGACUCGGGUACCUACGUAUGUACAGCAGAAAAUCUGGUUGGGUCCAUAAAGGCUCUUGGCUCUGUGUAUGUUAAAGAGCCCCCAGUCUUCAUGGGAGAUUAUCACCCCAGCCGCAUUGAGCCCCUUGGUGGCAAUGCUGUUCUCAACUGUGAAUUUGGAGGAAACCCACCACCAACUAUUCAAUGGAGCAAAAAAGGAAUUGGCAUUCCAAUCAGCAAUCGCAUCAGACAACUCAACAAUGGAUCUCUUGCCAUCUUUGGCACAGUAAAUGAGGAUGCUGCAGAAUAUACGUGUGUAGCUACAAAUGAUGCUGGUGCAGUUGAACAUCAUGUUACCUUAACAUUACACAGUGCACCUGUUAUUGCUAUUGAACCAGUAGAGACUAUUGUUGAUGCCGGAACUACAGCAGUGUUGAACUGCCAAGCAGAAGGAGAACCUCCUCCAACUAUUGAAUGGUCUCGUCAAGGCAGGCCUCUUCAAGGCCAGGACCGAAUAACUGUUUUGACGAAUGGCUCCUUACAUAUUGCAGUUGCACGUAAAGAGGAUACUUCCGAGUAUGAAUGUGUAGCUACGAACCUCAUGGGCUCUGUUCUGGUCAAAGUGCCAUUCAUUGUCCAAGUGCAUGGUGGAUAUUCUGAAUGGCUUGAAUGGCAAGCAUGUAGCAUAACAUGUGGUCAAGGUGUUCAAAAGAGGAUCCGUCUGUGCAACAGUCCACUCCCUGCAAAUGGUGGACGGCGAUGUAUGGAGCCUGAUAAUGAUAUACGUAGCUGUCCGAACAAACCAUGCCCAGUGGAUGGCAGCUGGUCUGAAUGGGCACCUUGGGAAGAAUGCUCUAAAACCUGUGGGCAAGGGAACAAGACAAGAACCAGAACUUGCAGCAACCCUUCAGCUCAGCAUGGUGGAAAGCUCUGUGAUGGCUAUGCUGUAGAGUCAAUCAUGUGCAACAUCAGGCCCUGCCCAGUUAAUGGUGCCUGGGGUUCUUGGCUUCCAUGGGGCCCUUGCAGCAAGACAUGUGGCAAAGGUACUCACACAAGAUUAAGGCUGUGCAAUAACCCUCCUCCAUCAUUUGAUGGUUCCCACUGUGAUGGGCCUGACAUGCAGAUGCAGGUUUGCAGUAAGAAAGACUGCCCAGUGAAUGGAAAGUGGACUUCUUGGUCCAGCUGGAGUGCCUGUACCAUGUCCUGUGGAGGUGGCACCCGACAAAGAACAAGGAAUUGCUCAGAUCCUCCCCCACAACAUGGUGGACACAAAUGUGAAGGGAACGACAUGCAGGUUGACUUUUGCAAUAGUGACCCAUGCCCCACACAUGGUAAUUGGGGUCCCUGGAGCAACUGGGGAACUUGCAGCCGGACAUGUAACAGUGGCCAAAUGAGGAGAUAUCGGACUUGUGAUAACCCUCGCCCACUCAAUGGAGGGAGAGCCUGUGCAGGGGCUGAUACACAGAUACAGAGGUGCCAUGUGGAGCUAUGUCCUGUGGAUGGAAACUGGGGCUCUUGGCAGCCUUGGAGCAUGUGUUCUGCUUCCUGUGGAGGAGGAGAGCAGACCCGAUCGCGGCUAUGCAGCAAUCCAUCCCCAUCCAAUAGUGGACGCCCUUGCCCUGGAGACAAGUCUCAGAUAUCCAGGUGUAACAUUCAAGCUUGUCCAGGUGGGCCUCAACGUGCUAGAGGAAAUGUCAUUGGAAAUAUCAAUGAUAUUGAAUUUGGAAUAGCUUUCCUGAAUGCCACAAUAGUGGAUAGUCCAGAUCUGGACACUAGAAGGAUACAAGCAAAAAUUACCAAUAUCCCUCGGAGUCUCGGUCCAGCAAUGAGAGCACUAGUUUCUAUUCUCAGUCCCAUUUAUUGGACAACAGCAGAUGAAAUUGGGGAAGCUGUGAAUGGCUUUUCACUCACUAACGCAGUUUUUAAGAGAGAGACACAAGUGGAAUUUGCUACAGGCGAGAUCUUACGAAUGACUCACAUUGCCCGUGGUUUGGACUCAGAUGGUUCUUUACUCCUGGAUGUUGUAAUCAGUGGCCACAUAUUACAGCUACAGUCAUCAGCUGAUAUUAAUGUAAAAGAUUAUACAGAAGAUUACAUUCAAACAGGCCCUGGUCAACUCUAUGCUUACUCUACACGGCUCUUCACCAUAGAUGGAGUUAGUGUACCAUAUACUUGGAACCAUACUAUUACCUAUGACCAGAAUCGUGGAAGGAUGCCAUUUCUGGUUGAAGCACUCCAUGCUUCCUCUGUUGAAACAGAAUACAAUCCACUCGAAGAAGCUUUGACUUUUAAAAUCCGUGCUUCCAUUUCAAAAGGGGACCGCAGCAACCAGUGUCCAAAUGGAUUUGGUUUUGAUUCUUCUGGCCCCUACUGUUCAGAUGAAGAUGAGUGUACAGCUCAAAACCCAUGCUCCCAUACGUGCCACAAUGCCAUAGGAACUUAUUAUUGCUCCUGUCCUAAGGGCCUUACCAUUUCAGCAGAUGGAAGAGCGUGCCAAGAUAUUGAUGAGUGUGCCUUAGGGAGGCAUUCAUGUCACACUGGCCAAGAUUGUGAGAAUAUUAUUGGCUUCUAUCGCUGUGUAGUUCAGUGUGGGCUUGGCUUCAGGAGAACAUCAGAUGGACUGAGUUGCCGUGAUGUUAAUGAAUGCCAGGAGUCCAAUCCUUGUCAUCAACGAUGCCUCAACACCAUUGGAAGCUUCCACUGUGGAUGUGAUCCAGGAUAUCAGCUGAAAGGGAGAAAAUGCAUGGAUGUGAAUGAAUGCAGGCAAAAUGUAUGCCGACUUGACCAGCUCUGCAAAAAUACACGAGGUGGCUAUAAAUGCAUUGAUCUGUGUCCAAAUGGAAUGACCAAAGCAGAAAAUGGAACAUGUAUAGAUAUUGAUGAAUGCAGAGAUGGUACCCAUCAGUGUCGAUACAACCAAAUAUGUGAAAACACAAGAGGAAGUUACCGGUGUGUGUGCCCAAGAGGGUUCCGCUCGCAGGGAGUUGGAAGACCCUGCAUAGAUAUUAAUGAGUGCGAACAAGUGCCUAAACCUUGUGCGUAUCAAUGCACCAACAGCCCCGGCAGCUUCAAGUGUAUCUGUCCCCCUGGACAACAUUUAUUAGGCGAUGGCAAAUCUUGCGCUGGAUUGGAGAGGUUGCCAAAUUAUGGCACUUAUUUCAAUAGCUAUAACUAUGCUCAGUUCUCCCCUGUGAGAGACAACUAUCGACCUCAGCAAUAUAUCAGGCACUCCUCCAAUCUCUACAGCUCCUACUCAGAGUAUAGGAACAGCAGAGUUCCAAUCGCCAGGACUAAAAGGAAUGUUAGAGAGACUUGCCCUGAAGGCUAUGAGGCAAGAAAUAACAAAUGUAUAGAUAUUGAUGAAUGUGAGAGCCGAGAUACUUGUCAGCAUGAGUGCAGGAACACCUUAGGAAGUUACCAGUGUCUCUGCCCAUCAGGUUACCGGGUUAUGCCCAAUGGCAAAACAUGUCAAGAUAUAGAUGAGUGCCUUGAGCAGAACAUCUACUGUGGACCAAAUCACAUGUGUUUUAACAUGAGAGGAAGCUAUCAGUGUAUUGAAACACCUUGUCCUCCAAAUUAUCAGCGAGAUCCUCUUUCUGGGUUCUGCCUGAAGAACUGCCCACCCAAUGACUUGGAGUGUUCUUUGAGCCCCUAUGCCUUGGAAUACAAACUUGUAUCCCUCCCUUUUGGGAUUGCUGCCAAUCAGGAUUUAAUCCGACUAGUUGCCUACACUGAAGAUGGAGUGAUGCAUCCAAGGACAACUUUCCUCAUGGUAAAUGAGGAUGCAACAAUCCCUUUUGCACUCAGAGAUGAGAACUUGAAAGGAGUGGUGUAUACAACCAGGGCUCUGCAAGAGCCAGAGACCUACAGAAUGAGAGUUAGGGCUCUGUCUUAUAGCAUUGAUGGAGCCAUCGAAUAUCAGACAACCUUCAUAGUCUAUAUAGCUGUGUCUGCCUAUCCAUACUAGGAAAAACACUGCUGAGAGUAAGUGAAGUAUGUUAACCACAUGCAUUAUAUGUGCUGCUGGGUGUCAACACUUCCAGAAUGACUGCUGCCUCAUCUUAAAACAGUUGCAGACCUUGCAACUUGGGGGGGAAUGGUGCUAUGUUCUAUCCUUGUUUCUUCCCUCUGGCUGCCAAACUGUUGCAAUCAUUCCAUCUUGACAAAAAUGACCAUAAUUCAUGAUUCUCUUGGAAUCUUAACCACUUGCUUUAUUUAUUACACUGGAGCAGUCACUUUCCAAAGAUUGUUCUGCUGACUCUCUGUAACUAAUUAGAAAUAAUAAUUUAGAUGGUCGUGUAGGGGUCAAAAAUGGUAGGCAAAACUUCUCUUUCCUCCCCCCGCCCCCCACCAUCCAGUUGUUGUUUCCCUACCAUAAAAAAAAACAGAGCAAGUUAUAUUUCUUACAAAAUUGCAAGAAACAUUUUUAAUGACAUAACAUUUUUGUUCUAGCAAAUGGUGGAGAUGCACUUGUCUUUUCUGACCACAGUGAGUGCUGCUUUUUUUUUUUUACAUUAAAUGAAGACACCAAUCUCAUUCCAACAGGUAACAGGUAACUUUUAAAGACAGUAGUGAGAGUGAUGUGAAUGCUAUUAUGGCUGUUGCAUGUAUGUCGUAGAGCAGUGAACAUUAUCUGCUACUUUGAACUUUGAAAAAGUACUUGUUUGGACUGCAUUCCAAGAAACCUAGGGAGCCAUGGUCCCAAAACUAACUUUUUCUGAGCUACGUCUGCAACCACAACACAAACAAGCCACUUAUGAUCUUGGCACUCUAACCAGUACACUUCAUGUUAUACAUCCCUUUCGACAACUCUUUGCCACAUCCAAUCAUUAACUUUCCAAGUGCAUGGUUUAAAAAGGUCCUUGGCAUUUGCCGUCUUGGGACUUUUUGACGGUAUUCUCUUCCUUCCCUUACCUCAAGAAAAAGAACAACAAAAAUGCAGUGUGAGUCAUUGGUGCCCUCAAAAACAAAACAAAUCAAAAACUAUAUACUGUAAUUGCCUCUUACACAGACAUUAUAGGAGAAACUGUUACUCUACUGAUUUAAAACAUUUGAAUUCCUUGUUUCGCUAUUCUUAAUUAAGUGCUUUAGACUAAUCCCCCCAUUUUUCUCCAUGAAACACCAUCCCACUUGUAUUCAUGACCUAAAACGUAAAUUAGAAUCCAUAGUGAACUGUGCAACCAACCAAUUUCAUCUUUUUCCUUCAAGGAAUGACAGUGAUCUUAGAUUAGAUGGAAUUUUGCCUACCCCAAUUCUGAAUUGUUCGAAAGAAAGAGAGAAAGCAAGCAAGAAGAGGUCUAGCAAGUUUGAUCUAGCAACGUGUUAGGUGUCAAUACACUGUAUAAAGUGGUAACAAACUCUGGAAGUAAUUUGUCAAGAUGUAUUCUAUUUUUAUGAAAAUAUGUAUGUAUAUAUAAAGUUCUGUUUGCUUAUGUGUAUUUUCUAUGCAAUAUCAAAGAGGGUUUUUCCCCCAAAAAUGAAAAAAGUGUUUUACUAAAGAGUGUUGUUUACACAUUGGAAAUAGCCAAAAUAAAUGUUCACAUUCUUCUUUUUUUAUUAAAUAUGGAAAGAUUGCUACAAA